ACGUUCGCCUCUUUUAACCGAACUAAAGUUCCUUUGGACAAAGAAUGGGUUGAACUUGCUACAAAGGAAUUAAAGGGUAAAGAUCCGGAAAAAGUGUUAACAUGGCAUACCGCAGAAGGAAUAGAUGUGAAGCCUGUUUAUACAAAAGUGGAUGCUGAACUCAUUAAAGAUGAAAUCCCGGGAAAAUUUCCUUUUACAAGAGGUCCAUACGCUUCUAUGUAUACAGCGAGGCCUUGGACUAUUCGACAG